CGACUUCGUCGCCAUGGACCCUGUCACAGUUCUUCUAUCUGUUGUCGUCAUCCUAUAUUUGGCCAAUGUUUUUAACAAUCGGAAGAAACACAAGUUCAAGAAUUUUCCCCCUGGACCAACGCCUCUGCCCAUCAUUGGAAAUAUGCACAUGAUCGACAUGCGAAAACCUCAUAAUACAUUUAUAAAGAUGUCAGAGAAAUACGGCCCAGUAUUCAGCGUCCAACUGGGAACGGAGACGUUUGUUAUCCUGUGUGGGUAUGACGCUGUAAAAGAUGCUCUAAUCAACCACGCUGAGGAAUUCUCUGAAAGACCGUACACAGCAAUGUUAGAUAAAACAUCAAGGGGAUAUGGCAUUCUCUUUGCUCAUGGCGAGAACUGGAAAGUAAUGAGACGAUUUACGCUUUCAACAUUACGGGAUUACGGGAUGGGGAAGAAGAGCAUAGAGAACAAGAUUAUUGAUGAAUGUGAAUGUUUAAUGCAGACAUUCAGAUCCUAUGAAGGAAAACCAUUCAAUAAUAUGACCAUCAUUAAUGCUGCUGUAGCCAAUAUCAUUGUAUCCAUAGUAAUUGGUCAUAGAUUUGAAUAUGGAGAUCAAAACAUUCUGAGGCUUAUGAGUUUAGUCAAUGAAAAUGUCAGAAUCGCAUCAGGUCCUAUGGUCAGGUUGUACAAUAGUUAUCCCUCGCUGGUCGGCUGGCUUCCCGGGAGCCACAGAAAAAUAGUUGAAAACAGCAAUGAGACGCGGGAAUUUCUGAGAGAGACGUUUCUAAAACAGGAGAAAGAACUGGACAUUAAUGAUCAGAGGAAUCUUAUAGAGUCAUUCCUUGUGAAGCAACAAGAGGAAAAGCCAGAAUCUACUUUAUAUUAUCAUGAUAACAACCUACUUGAACUGGUCAGCAACUUGUGUGUUGCUGGAAUGGAAACAAGCUCAACUACUCUGAGAUGGGGCCUCCUGCUAAUGAUGAAAUAUCCCGACAUCCAAAAAAAAGUGCAAAAUGAAAUAGAGAGAGUGAUUGGAUCAGCUCAACCACAGACAGAGCACAGGAAGCAAAUGCCGUACACCGACGCCGUCAUCCAUGAAAUACAGCGGUUUGGUGAAAUUGUGCCGGGUAACUUACAGCACGCAACUUCCCAAGAUGUCACGUUCAGAGGAUAUUUUAUUCCAAAGGGGACCAUCGUUCUCCCAGUACUGGCCUCUGCACUGAGAGAUAAAGCCUACUUUGAGAAACCGGAACAGUUUUAUCCGGAACAUUUUCUUGAUUCAGAUGGGAAUUUCAAGAAGAGUGAUGCGUUUAUACCAUUCUCAUUAGGUAAAAGAAGCUGUGCUGGGGAGAACCUGGCCAAAACUGAGCUGUUUGUGUUCUUCACCACCCUUCUACAGAACUUCACGUUCCAGGCUCCACCUGGAGCUUUAUUAGACCUCACCCCUGCAAUUGGCUUUAUCAAUGCACCAUUGCCUCAUGAAAUCUGCGCCGUACCGCGAAGCUAAGCAUGUUUCCAGCUGCAUCAUUUUAUACUAUAGGUCAAAAUUGUUUUGAGUAGCAAAAAAAUAAG